AUGAAUAAAUUUCGAUUUUUGAAGAGCGUGUGCUCCAAAAAAUUUGCAAAUCAAAUAAAUUCACAAAGCAUAAAAACAAAUUGCCGUUUUUUAAGUACAACUGAAAAUGCUAAUUUAAAAAAAAAUAAUAAUUUAUCUAAUGUAAAGGGAAAUGUAAAAGGAAGUGGAAAUGUCGGUAAAAUAUCACAAGUUAUCGGUGCUGUUGUAGAUGUAGAAUUCCAAAAUACUCCACCAGCAAUUUUAAAUGCUUUAGAAGUAGAAUUAGAUAAUAAAAAAUUAAUACUUGAAGUAGCUCAACAUUUAGGUAAUAAAGUUGUUAGAACUAUUGCUAUGGAUGCUACAGAUGGGUUAAUAAGAGGACAAGAUGUUAUUGAUUGUGGUAUUCCAAUUAGUGUUCCAGUAGGGAAAGAAACAUUAGGAAGAAUUAUGAACGUAAUUGGAGAACCCAUCGAUGAAUGUGGUGAUAUUAAAAGUAAAAAAUUAUUGCCUAUACAUAGAGAUCCACCAUUAUUUACUGAUCAAAGUACAGAACCUGCUUUAUUAAUAACCGGAAUAAAAGUUGUUGAUCUAAUUGCACCAUAUGCAAAAGGUGGAAAAAUUGGUUUAUUCGGAGGUGCAGGUGUCGGAAAAACGGUGCUAAUUAUGGAAUUAAUUAAUAAUGUUGCUAAAAAACAUGGUGGAUAUUCUGUUUUUGCUGGAGUAGGUGAAAGAACAAGAGAAGGUAACGAUUUAUAUCAUGAAAUGUUAACAACUGGUGUUAUAAAAAAAAAAAAAAUAAAAGAUAAUGAAUAUGAUUUUAGUGGUUCAAAAGCCGCUUUAGUAUAUGGUCAAAUGAAUGAACCUCCAGGUGCCCGUGCAAGAGUUGCAUUAACCGGUUUAACUGUUGCAGAAUAUUUUAGAGAUGAAGAAAAUCAAGAUGUUUUAUUAUUUGUAGAUAAUAUUUAUAGAUUCACACAAGCAGGUUCUGAAGUGUCUGCUUUAUUAGGACGUAUACCAUCAGCUGUUGGAUAUCAACCAACUUUAGCUACUGAUUUAGGUGCAUUACAAGAAAGAAUCACAACUACAAAAAAUGGUUCUAUUACAUCUGUACAAGCAGUUUAUGUACCUGCUGACGAUUUAACAGAUCCUGCACCAGCCACAACAUUUUCACAUCUAGAUGCAACAACAGUCUUAUCAAGAUCUAUAGCAGAAUUAGGAAUAUAUCCAGCUGUUGACCCAUUAGAUUCAACAUCUCGUAUGUUAACACCCGAUAUUGUGGGAAUAGAACAAUAUGAAGUUGCAAGAAAUAUUCAACAAAUCUUACAAGAUUAUAAAUCAUUACAAGAUAUAAUUGCAAUUCUUGGUAUUGAUGAGUUAUCAGAACAAGAUAAAUUAACAGUUGCACGAGCCAGAAAAGUUCAACGAUUUUUAUCACAACCAUUUGCUGUUGCUGAAGUUUUUACAGGUAAGCCAGGAAGAUUUGUAGAACUUGAAGAUACGAUAAAAGGUUUUUCUGAACUACUUAAAGGAAAUUGUGAUGACCUCCCUGAAAUGGCUUUCUAUAUGGUUGGGGGUUUGGAUGAAGUCAAGUCAAAAGCGAUAGAAAUGGCUAAACAAGUUUAA